GCGCGAGGCUUCCAAUCUCCUCGGUCGCGAACGCCCCGCCCUCAUUUUGCGCUCGGCGUUCGGCGACCGACCGAAGAGCGUCGGUCGGCGGAGGACUCGGUGUCCCACAAUCCCUCGCUCCGCUCCCGCCGAACGAAGCGCGACCAUGUCGGGCGCGGCCCACCAGGGCGGCUUGUGCGGCGUGAAGGUGAUGUGUCGCUUCCGGCCGCUGAACGACGCAGAGAGGAGCCGCGGGGAUCAGUCGCUGCCCAAAUUCAACGGCGACGACACGGUGGUGCUGGCGGGCAAGCCGUAUGUGUUUGACCGAGUUCUGGCUCCCAACAGCGAGCAGCUCCAGGUGUACCAAACCUGCGCCCGCCACAUCGUCAAAGAUGUGUUGGGCGGCUACAACGGAACCAUCUUCGCGUAUGGCCAGACGUCGUCGGGAAAGACUCACACGAUGGAGGGGCGGCUUCACGACUCCCGGCUGAUGGGCAUCAUCCCUCGUAUUGCCGGCGACAUCUUUGAGCACAUCUACUCCAUGGAUGAGAACCUGGAAUUCCACAUCAAGGUCUCUUAUUUUGAAAUCUAUUUGGAUAAAAUCAGAGACUUGCUGGAUGUGUCCAAGACCAACCUGGCCGUUCACGAGGACAAAAACAGGGUCCCGUUUGUAAAGGGAUGCACGGAGCGUUUCGUUUCCAGUCCGGAGGAGGUCAUGGACGUCAUCGACGAGGGAAAAGCCAAUCGCCACGUGGCCGUGACAAACAUGAACGAGCACAGCUCUCGCAGUCACAGCAUUUUCCUGAUCAGCAUCAAGCAGGAGAACGUGGAGACGGAGACCAAGCUGUCGGGGAAACUUUACCUGGUGGACCUGGCGGGCAGCGAGAAGGUCAGCAAAACGGGAGCCGAGGGCGCGCUUUUGGACGAAGCCAAGAACAUCAACAAGUCUCUGGCCGCUCUCGGGAACGUCAUCGCCGCGCUCAGCGAGGGAACGAAAAGUCACGUUCCUUACCGGGACAGUAAAAUGACCCGGAUCCUGCAAGACUCUCUGGGAGGAAACUGCAGAACCACCAUCGUUAUCUGUUGCUCGCCGUCCGCUUCCAACGAGGCAGAAACCAAGUCCACGCUCAUGUUUGGACAGAGGGCAAAGACCAUCAAGAACACCGCGUCCGUCAACCUCGAACUCACGGCCGAAGAAUGGAAGAAGAAGUACGAGAAGGAGAAAGAGAAGACUCGCGGCCAGAGCGUCACGAUCCACAAAUUGGAGAGUGAGUUGAAACGCUGGAGAAAAGGUGAGUCGGUACCGGUGGCGGAACAGCGGCCGAGCGGCAAAGGCGAGAAGAGCGGCGGCGACGCGGCGCUUGACGUCCCGGCGACGGCCGUCCUUUCGCUGUCGGAUGAGGAGAAGACGCGAUACGAGACGCUUAUCGCGAACCUGUACCGUCAGCUGGAUGAAAAGGAUGAAGAACUCAACCAUCAGAGUCAGACGCUGGAAACUCUGAAGCAGCAGCUCACGGAUCAGAGCGAGGCGUUGGUGUCGAAGCAUCAGGACUGCCAGCGAGCGCAGGAGGAAACGUCGCGUCUGCAGAGGGACCGCGAGGCGGCCAAAGAGGAAGUGAAGGAGGUGCUUCAGGCCUUGGAGGAACUCGCCGUCAACUAUGACCACAAGUGCCAAGAGGUGGAGAGCAAGAGUCGCCGCAACCAGCAACUCGACGAGGAGCUGGCCCGCAAAACGGUCGGUCUGGAGGAAAUGCGCAGGGAAGUGGCGGCGCUGCGGGAUCUCAGCUCUCAUCGCGAGAAGAGAUCGGCCGACAUGCUCGGUCUCCUGCUGAGAGAUCUCGGCGACAUCGGGACCGCUCUCGGCACCGGCGAGCUCAAAGCGAUGACCGAGACGAGCGGACUGUUGGAAGAGGACUUCACCGCGGCUCGUCUUUAUGUCACAAAGACCAAGUCGGAGGUGAAGUCGCUGGUGAGCCGCGGUCGACAGAUGGAGGUCAGCUUGGCGCAGAACCUCGACAAGAUGGAAGCCAACGACAAGGAGCUCCGUGCUCGCCGGCUCGCCGUCUCGCAGCUGGAGCUGAAGACGCGGUCGCUCAUGGAGCAGCUUGACAAGAUGGAGCAAAGCAAACGGCGGCUGGAGGAAAGUCAAGAUGCUCUCAUGGAGGAAGUGGCUCGACUUCACGCUCAAGAUCGAUCGCAGCAGGUGAGCGUGAUGGACAAAGAGAAAGAACACAUGACUCAACUGAAGGACGCUGCGGACAUGAAGAGAACGCUGGAGGAACAGAUGGAGAACCAUCGAGACGUCCACCAAAAACAGUUGUCGCGCCUCCGAGACGAGAUCGAGCACAGGCGAAGGAUCAACGACCAACUCCGAGACUUCAAUGAGGCGCUUCAGCUGGACCUGCGGAAGCUUCGAGCCGAGGUGGACAGGUUGACGCGCGAGGAGCGCUGCAAAGAGCAGAAACUUCAAAAACUCACGUCCCUAGAGGAGAAGAGACGGCAAGCCAAGGAGGAUCUGCGGGGUCUAGAAGAGACCGUGCUAAAAGAAUUGGAGACGCUCACCAACCUGAGAAAAUUCUUCGUCCGGGACAUCAGCCGUCGCGUCAGCUGUCCAGACGGCGAUGGCGACGAGGGUGGAGGCAGUCUCGCUCAGAGGCAAAGGAUCGUCUUUCUGGAAAACACUUUGGAGCAGCUGAGUAAAGUCCAUAAACAGCUGGUGGGAGACAACGCCGACCUUCGGUGCGAGCUGCCCAAGCUGGAAAAACGUUUUCGGGCGACGGCCGAGAGAGUGAGAUCCCUGGAGGGUGCUCUAAGGGGCGCCAAGGAAGCGGCAGCCAGAGACCGCCAGCGGUACCAACAGGAAGUGGAGCGCAUCAAAGAGGUGGUCCGCUUCAAGAAUCCGGCCAGGAGGCUCCACUCUGCUCAAAUAGCCAAACCCGUCCGACCCGGACAGCAGCACCAGCGCUCCCUUUCCGUCCGAGGAGGCGGGGCCAAUAUCGCUCCGCAUCUUCACUCGCUCCCCACAAAGUCGGCGAAGCCCCAGCAAGAUGAGCGGUCCACCGUGAGGACAGAGCAGGUCUCAGGUGCCGGGACGGGCGAAGAGCCGGAGUCACGCAGGCUGCGCAAAUGAACGUCGUCAUCUUCUCCACUUGACCAGGGUCAAAUGACUCAUGACACUUACGGCUUGAUUGUUGUUGUCGAAGGGAAAUUCGAUGUUUCCAUGAUUAGUCAUUUGGCAUAUUGGAGUACGACACAAAUAUUCGGGCUGGCUGAUGAGGUAAAAAAAAAAAAAAUGAAGAUGCUCCAUUAGUCAGUGACACGUGGAAUGCGCAAUCACUUCAUUUUGUACUUUGAUUUGAAAUGUCCAUCUUGCGUCAGCACUCGCGUGAGGAAGAAAACACAAGCGGCCGUCUUGUUCCAGGUGGCCCAAAAUGAGCUCGUUCACGCCGCGACCGUCAAUUGUGUUGAUAUUUCGGCACGUCAUUUGUCCUUUCUCGACCGACCAAGUCAUUUAUCCCUGGUGACUGGCGAGCAUUGAAGUAGCAGAACAUGUGCUGUGUUUUUGUCACUUGUCGAGAUGAACCUGCUGAAAUGCUGCAUUUCAGUUGUGCGAAUUAGCAUCGUGGGAAACGGUGAGUGAUGUCAAUGUGAA